CUCCUCCUUUCCCCAGCACUUGUUGCAAAAAGCAAAGCGAAGCAAGCGAUCGAAUUCGCGGCGAUUUUUUCCUAGAUCUCGAGUUCUUCUAGUUUCGAUUCCUUCCUCCGUUUGAGCAAGUGAUUCAGGGAGCAAUGGCGAAGGGGGAGGGUCCGGCGAUCGGGAUCGACCUCGGCACGACCUACUCGUGCGUCGGCGUGUGGCAGCACGACCGCGUGGAGAUCAUCGCCAACGACCAGGGGAACCGCACCACUCCGUCGUAUGUCGCAUUCACCGACACCGAGCGGCUCAUCGGCGACGCCGCCAAGAACCAAGUCGCCAUGAACCCCACCAACACCGUCUUCGAUGCUAAGCGGUUGAUUGGGAGGCGUUUCUCUGACCCGUCCGUGCAGAGUGACAAGAAGCUGUGGCCGUUCAAGGUCAUCCCUGGCCCUGGCGACAAGCCGAUGAUUGUCGUCAAUUACAAGGGCGAGGAGAAGCAGUUCGCCGCCGAAGAGAUCUCUUCCAUGGUGCUCAUCAAGAUGAAGGAGAUUGCCGAAGCCUACCUCGGCUCCACGAUCAAGAACGCAGUGGUGACAGUGCCGGCCUACUUCAACGACUCGCAGCGGCAGGCCACCAAGGACGCCGGUGUCAUUUCCGGCCUCAAUGUGAUGCGCAUCAUCAAUGAGCCCACCGCUGCCGCCAUUGCCUACGGUCUUGACAAGAAGGCUAGCAGCUCCGGCGAGAAGAACGUGCUCAUCUUCGACCUUGGUGGCGGCACGUUCGAUGUGUCGCUGCUCACCAUUGAGGAGGGCAUCUUCGAGGUGAAGGCCACUGCCGGUGACACUCACCUUGGCGGAGAGGACUUCGACAACCGCAUGGUGAACCACUUCGUCCAAGAAUUCAAGCGCAAGCACAAGAAAGACAUCAGCGGCAACCCGCGUGCGCUGCGCCGGCUACGCACGGCCUGCGAGCGCGCCAAGCGCACGCUGUCGUCGACUGCCCAGACCACCAUCGAGAUCGACUCUCUCUUCGAGGGCAUCGACUUCUACUCGACGAUCACCCGGGCUCGCUUCGAGGAGCUCAACAUGGAUCUGUUCCGCAAGUGCAUGGAGCCCGUGGAGAAGUGCCUGCGCGACGCCAAGAUGGACAAGAGCACCGUGCACGACGUGGUGCUCGUCGGCGGCUCGACCCGCAUUCCCAAGGUGCAGCAGCUGCUGCAGGACUUCUUCAACGGCAAGGAGCUGUGCAAGAGCAUCAACCCCGACGAGGCCGUGGCGUACGGCGCCGCGGUCCAGGCCGCCAUCCUCAGCGGCGAGGGCAACGAGAAGGUGCAGGACCUGCUCUUGCUCGACGUCACGCCGUUGUCCCUCGGUCUCGAAACUGCUGGUGGUGUCAUGACUGUGCUCAUCCCGAGGAACACCACCGUCCCGACCAAGAAGGAACAGGUCUUCUCCACCUACUCUGACAACCAGCCGGGCGUGCUGAUCCAGGUGUACGAGGGUGAGCGCGCCAGGACCAAGGAUAACAACCUCCUCGGCAAGUUCGAGCUCUCCGGCAUCCCUCCUGCUCCCCGCGGCGUGCCCCAGAUCACUGUCACCUUUGACAUCGACGCCAACGGCAUCCUCAACGUCUCUGCUGAGGACAAGACUACGGGGCAGAAGAACAAGAUCACGAUCACCAACGACAAGGGCCGGCUGAGCAAGGAGGAGAUUGAGAAGAUGGUGCAGGAUGCUGAGAAGUACAAGGCGGAGGACGAGGAGGUCAAGAAGAAGGUGGACGCCAAGAACGCGCUCGAGAACUACGCCUACAACAUGAGGAACACCAUCAAGGACGACAAGAUAGCCUCCAAGCUCCCCGCGGAGGACAAGAAGAAGAUUGAGGACGCCGUCGAUGGAGCUAUCAGCUGGCUGGACAGCAACCAGCUUGCCGAGGUGGAAGAGUUCGAGGACAAGAUGAAGGAGCUGGAGGGUAUCUGCAACCCCAUCAUAGCGAAGAUGUACCAGGGCGCUGGCGCGGGCAUGGGCGGCGCAGACGGCAUGGAUGAGGACGUGCCGGCCGGUGGGAGCGGUGCUGGUCCCAAGAUUGAGGAGGUCGAUUAAGCUGUCGGUGGUCUAAGGCUAAUCUGGUGGUGAGGGAAAUGAAGUCUAAACUCUGGGGAAGGUUGUUUUGGUGUUCAGGGUCUCUGAACUCUGAAUCGUGGAUUUCGGUGUCGUGUCUUAGCUUUCUAGUUGUGGAAGUCAUGAGGUGGAGAAACUUUUGAAUGAGCAAUCGCUCUAGCUGUGUAAUUACCUUUUGAAUGUGCAAUCCUUUGCUCUUAAGAUCACAA